AUGCUUGCACUCGCGGGCAGUGCCCUUGGGGAUGGGGCUGUCUCAUCCCCGCAACCCUCUACCGAGGACUCUGCCCAGCUGGCUGGCCACACAGCGACGGUGACAACAUGCCCGUCGAGGAAUCUGUGGGAGGUUGAGGCGGAGCUGUUCCAGCUCCCCGUCUGUCUGGAGACACGAUGGGGGCGAGGACAUGUCCUGUCUUCAGUCUCGGGGUCAUCGGGCACAAGCGGCGCUGAGAACAGCACUGGGGCGGUGUCCAGUGGAUCCACCCCAGAGGGCACUGCCUCUGCGACGACACAAGAGAAUGCAGAGCAGGAGCAGGAGCAGGAGCAGGACACAGAUUCUUUGCUGGACAGCGCCAGCUUUCUGUCGUUUGAGGAAUGGAAGAAGCAGAACCUGGCCAAGGUGGGUCAAUCUGCUGAGAAUGUCGGAGGGAGUCGGCGCUCUGGAGCGGUCGGCAAGGAAGACCGACGGCAGCCGACAGGCAUCAAUAACGCUCUGGACUCGCUGGGCGAUGACGCGGAAAUCGAGCUGGACUUUGGUGGGUUUGGCGCCGAAUCCCCCGAGGCGAGUCCGACUGCAUGGAGCACCCCGAUUCCUUCACGAGAGGGAGGGCAUGCGACGCACGCGGGUGGUGAAACCGAUCUGGAUGUUCACGCCAAUACUGUCCCACAGACCGAGGCCUCGCGCCGCAGAGAUGCUGGGACUACUUGCAAGGAGCGGUUUAACUAUGCGUCCUUUGACUGCGCGGCCACCGUGCUCAAGACUAAUCCCGAGUGCAAGGGCUCGUCGUCAGUUCUGAUUGAAAACAAGGACAGCUACAUGCUGAAUGAGUGUCGCGCCCAAAAUAAGUUCCUUAUUCUGGAGCUGUGCGAUGAUAUCCUCGUGGACACGGUUGUCCUUGCCAACUACGAGUUUUUCAGUUCGAUUUUCCACACUUUUCGGGUCAGCGUCUCGGACCGGUACCCGGCUAAACCAGACCAGUGGAAAGAACUGGGUGUUUAUGAAGCGCGCAACACCCGUGAGGUGCAGGCCUUUGCGGUGGAAAACUCACUUAUUUGGGCGCGGUAUCUAAAGAUCGAGUUCCUGACGCACUAUGGUCAUGAAUUCUACUGUCCCGUCAGCUUAAUCCGGGUUCAUGGGACGACCAUGAUGGAGGAAUACAAACAUGAUGAGAGCGCUGGCCGAACGGACGAUGAACUGCCGGGGCCGAUUGAAACUGGCGAGCUUCCUGGUGAAGUGAAAGCAGAAUAUGUCGAGGCACCAGAUGUCCAUGACGAGAUCAAAGCACCUGCUCCACAGGCCCGGGAAGUUUGCGCGUUUCCCUUUUCGCAGCUUGAACCGCCAUACAACUCUUCUCAGAUCUGUGAUAUCAACGAUGGGCCACCGAAACCUACUAUUUACAACAGCUCAACGUCUACUGUCCAAACCCACCCUUCUUCGGAUAUCAACUCUACAACACCAACGGGGGACAGCAUCUCCGCCACCCAGUCUGUGUCAUCUCUUCCACCCAAGGCCGCUGAAGAUACGCGGAAGACGGGCGAAUCCGCCAAAGCUGUCGUAACGGCACCGGAUUCUUCGAUCGUGGCGUCGGAGCCAGUACAGCAGAAUGUGACUUCUGAGACAUCAGGCAAAUUGACAGUCAGCCCCAAAGAGGAGCAGCAUAGCGCCCCUCCUGAGUCCACGCGGCCUACUACUACGCAACUACCGUCUCCAAACCCCACUACCCAAGAGUCUUUCUUCAAGUCGGUUCAUAAACGACUCCAGAUGCUGGAGUCCAACUCGACGCUAUCCCUUUUGUACAUCGAAGAGCAGUCUCGGAUUCUGCGUGAUGCAUUUAACAAGGUUGAGAAGCGGCAGCUCUCCAAGACGUCCAAUUUCCUGGAGAAUCUCAAUGUCACCGUCCUCACCGAGCUGAAAGAGUUCCGCGAACAGUACGACCAUGUGUGGCGAUCGGUCGCUCUCGAAUUCGAGCACCAGCGCAUCCAGUACCAUCGGGAAGUGCAUUCUCUUAGCGGACAGCUGGGCGUGCUGGCCGACGAGCUGGUCUUCCAGAAGCGCGUGAUGGUGAUCCAGAGCAUGAUGGUGCUGGGCUGUUUCGCGCUGGUUCUGUUCUCGCGCGGCUCCGUCAGCAAUUACAUGGAAUUCCCUGCUGUCCAGAGAAUGGUCGCCCGGUCACACAGCCUGCGAUCGUCGUCUCCCUUCUUCGCGUCACCCUCCGCCAGCCCCGGCUCCACGCGUCCAGCUUCUUACCGCGACCCUGCGGGCCAUCGACGUAAUCUCUCCGAUACCUCCACCUCGUCGUCCCCGGAUAGCGCCGCCGCCAGCCCCACGGUUCCCUACGUUCCACCGACCCCGACGUCCGACAGCUCGCCGGACCUGACGGAGGUUGAAAAGGGCGACUGUCGGGCCACGCCGGACUCGGACUCCGUGCCUACGCUUGAGGGCCUCCCCCUUUCGUUCCCACAGUACGCCGCCGGUUCUGAAUGGGCAUACUACGGAUUUGGACUCAGACGAAGACGACAACAACCCCACGUCGCCGAAACUGCCUCAGUCGGCUGGUGGGCUUCCUGCCUGAAUGACGGAUACGCGUGGGCAUUGGCCUUGGAAUAG